AAAAAUGAAAAUAAGAAAUUUAUUGAUUUCACAUUAAUUUCUAUAAAUUAAAAUAAUCAGAUAGAAAAUGAAGGUACUUCCCGGUUAACUCCAUACUCCUUCACUCUCUCUCUCUCCCUCCACUUUCUCUCUCUUCUCGUCAUCUUCUUCCCGACUCCACCACAGGAGCUUUUCCCAUGGGAAAAGCCGCCAAAUGGUUCAGAGGCCUCCUCGGCCUCAAGCCCUCCGACGCCGCCCACCGCCCCUCUCCGAGGAGGAAAUGGAGCUUCGCCAUCUCCUGCACCAGCGAUCGGCAGAGGCACCACCACGACGUCGUUCCAGGGCCGCGAGACACCGACGACGCGGAGGCCAGCAAGCACGCCAUCGCCGUUGCCGCCGCGACCGCCGCCGUGGCCGAUGCAGCCGUCGCGGCCGCUCACGCCGCCGCCGCUGUGGUCCAGCUGACCAGCGGAGGCGGCAGGAGCGUCGCCUCAUCCGGUGGUCGGGAGAUGAAGGCGGCUGUUGCGAUCCAGUCUCAUUUUCGUGCCUAUUUAUCAAGGAGAGCUUUGAGGGCGCUCAAGGCGUUGGUGAAGCUGCAAGCGCUCGUGAGGGGCCACCUUGUGAGGAGGCAGACCGCGUACACUAUGCGCCGGUUGCAGGCGCUCGUCCGAGCACAAGUGAGAGCUCGGGUAGGACGGGCGCUGAUGUCGGAUUCCCCUCAUUCCACCACGAAAUCAUUCAAUUAUCCGGGGCCAGAGACGCCUGAGAAAUUCGAGCAUGCUCUUCGGUCUAGGAGCACGAAGCACGAGCAGACGAUGUUGCUGAAGAGGAAUGGUUCGAGAUCAAGCGGCUUUAUCUCGCCCCACCACCACGAUCCCGAGAAGCCACGUGCUAGCAGAAGGUCGUGGGAGCACGGUGAUGAUAGAAGCGACAAGAUUCUUGAAGUGGACACCGGUAACAUCCACAUGAAGCGCAGGAGCCUCUUCUGCUCGUCUCAUCUUAGCCUAGGCUCCGAACAGAACUUCCCGAGCUACACCACAUCCAAGGACUCCACGGCCCGCCAAUCAAUACGUAGCCUGUCAUCGGGCGAAGUUCAAUCUCCGACCCCCUUGAAAUUUGCAGAGGAGGACGCGGACGAGAGCGCGACAUUCUAUUCAGCAUCAGCGAGGUCCAAGAGCGAUGGCACUAGAAGCUGUCUGAGUGGUUACACUGAUCAUCCAAACUACAUGUCUUACACAGAAUCAUCGAAAGCUAAGCUGAGAUCCCUCAGCGCUCCGAGACAGAGACGCUACUAUGAAAGAUCAAGCUCUGCCCAGAGGUACUCGGAUCACGGCUAUGGUGAUUCGGUGCCUACUCAGAGAGUGUCCACCUUGCACGCUAACUUCACCAGCAAGGCCUACCCGGGAUCCGGCCGCCUAGAUAGGUCCGGGAUGCCCGUUCGAGGCGACUUCGAAGGUUUCAGUGGUGGUGGUGGUGGUGGUGGUAACUGGCAGAGAUUUUGAGGUAAUACUUAGGCACAUAUUUUCCUUAGAAUUUAACUAGUAAUUGCUAAUGUAGCAAUGUAGAAUGUUCUAACUUCCAACAAUGGUUUUAGUGGCAUGUCAUUUUCGUAUUAACAAAUGAGAAUUCGAUGUAAGAGGAAAAUGUAAAAUAACUUACUCCGUAUGAGUUUUUGUAAUUUAUUGCAACUUUUAUGAUGGUAUGAUUUUAUAA